AUGCUCACCAUCAUGAGCCAGAACGCUGUCCGGCCCGAAGACUACAAGUCCGACACUGCCGCUGUGAGCGACACACCUCUUACGUCAAUGGAUUCCCACCACUUGCGCAACCACAGCAGUGGGAAUGGCAGGAUUUUCAAGGACUCCACAAUCGCAUCCGACUCGUCGCAAUUGGCGACAAUGACGGCAGUAACGCCGCCAUCGAAAGCGCCCCAUAGCGCGCCCUCUUUGGGUAACAGCCAUCCUAAUACUGCCAAUACAGAAUCAACUCCAUCGUCUGCCACUGCCACCCCUUCCUCCAGCACCACUUCUCCUUCCAGCAACACAUCUUCUACCUCUUCCACAACCAGUUCACCCAUGAGCCAUAUUCGCCGAUGGACUUCCAGCCUCUCCUCCUCCUCAAAGUCAAACUCCAAGAGCACCGCAAAAGUGAGGACAAUUGGUCCCAUUAGUGCUCCUCAGCCCCUCACCACCCCCGUUCCUUAUGCCUGCACUCCCCUUCCUUAUUCCGACCUCCCGACUCCCGACCAUUUCCUCGUUUCUGUUUCAGCUGGGCAGCAAUAUAGCCCGAGGAGCUCUCCUCAUUCCGAUUCAACUGUCCCUCGAUCGCCCGCCAAACCUGCGACCUCCUGCCCUGACCUCCCUGUAGGUUCACAAGCCUCUGAGUACUAUUUGAACGUGUUGGCUCCCAUCGGUACAUAUUCCAGCCUCAACAAGAAUCAGCGCACAAGCUGGAAGGACCGGCUGUUCACCUCUAAUCCCAAGAAACAGGACAGGCGCGCCAGCACCAACUCGAAUGUUGACGAUGAUUAUGAGUGGUCAUCAAAUCAAGAGGCGGACACCAGCAGUAAUUCGGCGACAACAGCAACAACAGCACCUUAUUCUUCAUCAACCACACCAGCUGCAGUCGCCACAGCGUCGACAGAAAAGCAGGCAACACGGCCGAGAAUGCGCAUCUCGCCUCCACUGACGCAACCCGUGCUCCCUGCUAAUCAAAAGACGGUCCCCAUCAUGAAAAACCCCCUGAUGAGUCCCACAGAUGACCUCUUUGGCCCAGAUACAUUCGACCCCUUCAAAAUUGCACCCAAGAGUAAAGCUGCUGCAUCUAGCCCCGUGUCGAUGAUGAUGAUGAUGACUGCUCCUGCAGAUGAAGUCGUGCUUCCGUCAGCAUGCCCCUCCUUUGCUCCCUCUACCCCCUAUCUCUCUCUCUCUGAGCGGAGCGGCCGACCGACUGUCGAUACCAAAAUCAAGGCCCCUGUUGCCCCUGUCCACCAACUAUUGACGCCACCCUCGUCGCACGCAUCUGAAGAUUCCUUCCCCUUUGCUUCGCCCACUUCUUCAUCAACUGAAGAUGAGGAUAAUGACGAGGCCACAGCAGCACCGUCGGAAACGAACGGAGGCAAGACAUCAAAUAAGCCUGAGGCUGCAGUGAUCGACUUUGCUGCUAGCCUAUGUGAGGGCUUGGUGUCAGACUUUGUGAUGCCACCGUCGUACUUUGACCAGCACAACCUGAGCCUUGCCUUUGAGGAUGCCUACCCACGCGCCGACCCCGACAUGAUGCCCAAGGUCGUCACCGCCUCCUCGUCGCCUUCGUCUCCUCCCUCCCCUCCCUCCCCUCGCUCUCCUGUGUCGUCUAAUUCAUCACGAAGCAAGUUCAGCCGGAAGGACCGCUCCUUGAAGUCGACCUCGACGUACUCGACCGAUUCGGACUCGUCAACGUCGUCGAUCGAAUCAGAGGAAGAGUCAUCCGACGAAGACUCGUCGCUCUCGCCCGUCAGCGGAGCAUCGUUCUUCUCCACUAUGCCCCCAACGACUGGACCUGCCUUCAAGCCAUAUCGGUCGCCCGCGCUCAUGAAGUCCGGUGGGAUCAAGAUCCCCAGUAGCCUGAUGACACUCUUGCCCACUGGCUCCUCAAGCAAGUCCAAGACUACUGCUGUGUCUCCACCGACCACGCCUCCAGUGAGCCCACCCUUGGCCUAUGCCGAGAUAGUCUCAAGCCAGAUGGCCAAUCUUCCUCCUGGUGCUGUUGGUCAGGCCGCUCCUGGAAUGAUCAUGGCUCUGGCAGACCCGAGGGCAAUGAUGCUCAAGCGAUUGGCCUACAUCCAUACCCUGCGCAAGCUCCGCGAGCGGGAGAGACGGCCAUUCCGUCAUGCGGUGUCGUUGCACUUGAUCCUUUUGAAGCUUCGCCGUGGCAUCACAAACAGGCAUUGCAGCGAGAUUGCAGAGUUCUAUGUGGCCAUGUCAGCCGCUCAGUUCCCUUCUCGACUCGACAUUGCCAACACGAUGAUCAUGACUCAACAGCAACGGAGCAAACUCCAACAGCAGCAGCAGCUCCUAUCACAACAAUCGUCCUUGUCGCAGAUCCCUGUUCUCGCGUCCCCAAUCGAGUCUGUCCAAGAGUCUAUGAUCCCUGUGCGCUCAUCCUCCAAGGCCGCCUCCAGUUCAACAUCGACUUCCGGAGACAAGGAAUCCAGGUCGAAGCGGUCGCUUGUGUUUUCACUUCAGAGUCGCAGCCAGGCCAACAAGAACAGCAGUAACAAUAACGGCGGCGAAUCAGGGUGGUCAUUCAACUCAGCCACAACCCCCGCUGCGGCGACCCCAGCAUCCUCCCAAAUCUCGGUCCUCAAGGAGCGACUUCCCCUUCUGCGGAUCCCAACCUAUCCGCUUAUCAACCUAGAGAAGAAUUCUAACAACAGCAACACCACCCUGACACCUUCCACAGCCCGCAAGAAUCUGGCUGCCGCCGCGAUCGAUUCCGCCUCUGAGGACGACCAACAAAGAAGCGAGGAGAGCAAUAUUGACUUUCAACAUGGAUUGGUACAGCAGGUGCCAACUGUUAUCCUCCCCAAGAGAACGACGGGACGUAAGGGAUUGCUCUAUCAGCAGCAGCUUCAGCUCCGGAUGAGACAACAGAUGCCGAUGAUGAUUGGCGGUAACGGCGGCACAGACCAAGCGACUGAGGUCUCGGAGCAGGAUCAAGUUUGGUUGCAGUCCCAGCUUGUGGGAACGCGUCCUCGCUUUGCUACUUCGACGCUCACGACAGUUCGGUCUGGUCGUUCCGAAGUUGUCACUCGCCCUUUGGUCCCUCUGGCAACUGUGAAGACGCCUCCUGCUACCUCGGAGAGUUCUUCAGCAUGGAGCUCCUUCCCUUUUGCACCCUUUGGUCAUCGUGGUCAGGCUGCUGCCUCAACAUCUACCUCUACCACGGCAUCGACUACAUCAACAGGGGCAAUAACGUCUGCAUCUCAGGAUGGCAAUGGCUCACUUCCCGCUGGACUCCUCACUCCCCCACUCUCGCCUCUCUUCCGCAACCCCUUCUCAGCGGCCACCUUCACCUCCACUGCGAUCCCCGUGGCCUCUACAGGAUCUGUCAACACAACGAACAUUAACAGUAAUAUUAAUACCAGUACACCACCACCCUUGCCACCAACUACCAUUCCUACAACAAAAAACAGCAGCAACAAGCGAUCGUCCUACACUGCGCAAGGCCAUCAUUCGCUACCUUCUUCUUCUCCCGCCGCGACCUUCCCCUCCCACCAUACCCGUGUCGUGUCUGCAGGAUCAGUCUCCUCCUAUACACUGCCCCACAUCCAGAGCUCUCAUCAUACGAUCAGCUAUCUGGAAUACCAGGCAGUCCAUGGGCGCAAUCGGUCCAGUCUUGACGGCAACUCUUCUGGUCGCGGGUCCCCACCUCCUCUGGCCCCUUCGUCUGCGUCAUCCUUGUCCCGUAAGCAACAGCAACAGCGUGGAUUGCCCUCUCCUCCCUUGUCGCCUACUCCUGAUGCUGACGGUAACGUUGCAGCGAUGCUUCCGGUUGUCACCGCGUCAAUGAACCCGAGCGUCCAGUCUGUGAAGAGGCCAUACCUGCCUCAGCGGUCCCUCUCUAGUGGCGAGUAUCAUGUUCAGCAGCUUGACAUGAUGAUGAGUGGCGGUAACAACGGUGGUGCAGCUGCUGGCGGAGUCGUCGGAGGUCGAUCGGAGAACAUUACUUGGAUCAUGCGGGCACCUUCCCCUGUCAACCAGCACAACCUCCAGACGAGACAUAGUAUGGAAGAUAUCAGGAACCGUCGCCACUGGAAGGCCUCCUCUUCUUCUGCACCUGCUGUCACUUCUUCGCCUGCUGUCGUUUCGGCCUCCGCGACUGCUGCUUCAACAACUGUCGUGGCUGUUGGUGGACACACAAGCAAGAAGUCGUUGAAGAAGUCGGCCAAGGGAGGAGUCUUUUCACCGGAGGAGUCUGAGGAGGAUGAGGAUGUUCCACUGGCGUUUGUGCAGCGGAGGAUCUCGAGUGAUACCCUUCAAUGUAUGGCAUGA